AUGUACAUUAUCAAGCUUAUGAUAUGUUUAUUGACAACCAAUCAACAUAUGUGGAUUGAAAAAUUCAAGUUGUGUGGUGGAAAACUGCAAUCUCCAAUAACAAUAUCAUCGUUCAAAUCAAUUGCUGUUCCUUUACCAGCCUUGGAAAUAAUUGGAUAUCACAAUUAUCUUCCAGGUAAAUUACAAUUAAGGAACAAUGGACAUUCAGUUACAAUGAGCAUAGAAAGUAAUCCAAGUAACAAACAUCUGCCAUGUGUAUUUGGUGCUGCACUUCCUGUAAACCAAGAGUAUGAAGUAGAUCAUUUGCAUUUUCAUUGGGGUGCAAAAAAUAACAGAGGAUCUGAACACAUUUUAAACGGUGUUAGAUACCCGAUGGAGAUGCAUAUAGUUCACAGAAAUAAGGCAUACUUGAAUUUAUCUGAUGCAUUAAACUAUGAAGAUGGUCUUGUAGUUUUAGGUAUCUUUUUUCAAUUGCAGGAAGAAGACAACAGAUUUUUAUAUCCUAUUUUGAAUGAUAUAAUAGAUGUCCAGUGGUUGAACAAAGGAACAAAACUAAACAUACCUAUAACAUUAGCCUCUUUACUACCUCAUAAUACAGAUAUAUUUUAUACUUACAAAGGUUCAUUAACUACUCCUCCAUGCAAUGAAGUAGUAACAUGGAUAAUAUUUUCAGCUCCUGUGCCAAUAUCCUUAGUUCAGUUGAACAAGUUUAGAUCACUUUUCAAUGGAGACGAUGUGUUAACAGAUAACUACAGGAAGUUACAAGAUAUAGGACUUCGAAAGGUGUACAUUAGAAGAUUAAAUUCAUAUCUAAUUACAAAACACAAUGGAACAAUUGUCAAUGCUACAAAUUUAGAUUGGUUUUGGCAUUAAAUAUAUUCUUGACAAGAUUUCCACGGAAACCGCAAAUACCGUGAUAAGUAAUAAACAUCUCGUAGUAAAAGUGUUAUGUAUUCCACAAACAUGUGAAUUCCAUUUAGUGGUUAAUCCGAGAACGUAGAAUAAUACUCUCUAACGGCUGGGAACCAGUAAUU